AUGCGUGCACGGCCGAUUUAUAUUUUUAUACCUUUCCAUCCAUUGAAGGUGUGCUGGGCUGGAUUUGACAAAUUAGAACUCAAGGGAGGCAUCACAAGGAAAGUUCUCUUGCUCGGCUACAGUUAUGGCUUUCAGGUUUGGGAUGCUGAAGAAGCAGACAAUGUGCGAAAACUGGUUUCCAGGCAUGAUGGUCCUGUUUCAUUUAUGCAAGCAUUACCCGACCCAACACCAUCAAAGGAAUCUGGAGACAAGUUUGCUGAUAGUCGCCCAUUGCUGAUCAUUUGUGCUGAUGGAUCGUUUUCUGGAGGCAACAAUAUUCAGGAGGGUUAUGGUGGUCCUCGUAAUGGGCCAGUCCAACACUACCAUGGUUCUGUUAAUGGUAGUUGUAUGCCUACGGUAGUUUGGUUUUAUUCUUUGCAAUCACAAUCAUAUGUACAUCUUUUACGGUUUAGGUCGGUGGUUCAUUUAGUGAGAUGUAGUUCUCGAGUUGUUGCUGUUCUACAAUCAGCUCAGAUACACUGUUUCAAUGCUUCUACGCUGGAGAGACAGUAUACAAUUCUUACAAAUCAUGUUGUUACGGGUGACUGUGGUUCUGGAGGAAUAGGCUUUGGGCCGCUUGCAAUGGGUCCCAGGUGGAUGGCUUAUAGCGGAAGUCCAGUUACCUUUCAAAAUUCAGGGCGUGUGAGUCCACAGCAUCUUACCCCAUCUGCUAGUUUUACUAGUCCUGCUUCAAAUGGAAGCCUUGUUGCUCAUUAUGCGAAAGAGUCAAGUAGGCAACUUGCUGCUGGUAUUGUUACACUAGGGGACAUGGGUUAUAAGAAAUUAUCGAGGUACUACUCUGAGCUGUUGCCCGAUGGCAACAAUUCUCACUCAGGGAGUGCUCGUGCAGAUAGUGUUGGCAUGGUAUAUAUAAUUCUUCCCAAGUGUGGAUCUUUUUAUGGUUUGUGGAAACCAUUUUUUAAUGUUUCUUCGCUCCUCUGUUUUGGUGCAAUAUAUAAGAUUUCCUAUUGGUGCAGUAUUGGUUAUUCUGUAAUACAGGACAUAAGUUUUAGCAUUGAUAGCCAAUGGAUUAUGGUUAGUUCUCUAAGAGGGACAAGCCAUCUUUUUGCUAUUUCUCCUUCAGGGGGUUCAGUUGGCAUUCAGUCCUCUGAUUCUUGUUAUAGUACUAGAAACAGUGGAUACAGUUCGAUGAAGAAAUCUGCAGUUCAUGGGCCACCAAAUUCAGGGAUUCAGCUCCUGACCCAACAAAAUAUUUGUGCAUGUGGGUCGCCAAUUUCACUUUCUCCUCUUAUCAGAAUAAGAAAUGGAAAUAAUGGUUGGAGAAAUGCUGUAAGUGGAGCUGCUGCAGCUGCUACUGGGAAGAUGAGUUCUUUCCCUGGGGCUAUUGCUUCAACUUUCCAUAACUGCAGAGGUGAUGGUGUGUAUGGACAUGCCAAUUCGCUGAAGACAAACUAUUACCUGCUUGUUUUCUCUUCUUCUGGUUGUAUGAUACAAUAUGUAUUGGGUACGUCUGCUGUGCUAAAUAGUGUGACAGCUCUACCGGGUGUCAGUGCCUGCUGUGAAUCAGAUCCAGACGAUGAUGCAGGGUUUGAAGUGAAGGCAAUCCAAAAGUGGGAUAUUUGCCAGAAACUAAAAAGGAAGGAGCAGGCAGAUGAUAUUGGUAUGUAUAGUGAAAAUGCAAAUUUAGAUCGUGCGAAAGUAUAUCCUGAAAGAACAAGACAGGAAGAUAGUGUGUGUUCCGAUGUCAUGGGUGCACCCACGAAAGAUAAGAUUACAACUGAUGAAAGGCAUCAUAUGUAUAUAUCUGAGGCUGAGCUGCAAAUGCAUCAAAAUAAGAGUCUAUUGUGGGCGAAAACUGAGAUAAGUUUCCAUUCCAUGCAACUGACUGAUGACUUUAAUGAAGACAAGGAAGAUGCUCGUAGGGGAGAGAUUGAGAUUGAAAGAAUCCCCGUUGACAUGCUUGAAGUUAGGUCGAAAGACUUGGUUCCAGUUUUUGAUUAUCUUCAAGCAUCUAAUCUUCAUUUUCAGGGGAGAGUUCCUGAUGCGAAUAGCAAUAAUAAUGGGCAGUUGCUAUGCCAGAGGUCUGAUACGUCUGAAGGAUCUGGCUCUCAUGAUAUGAUGACCAAUGAUGGCAUUGUUACGGCAGAACCACACAAUGGUGCUGGAGAAACUAGCAGGGGCUAUAUAAAUACUGAUAGCUCAAUGGCAAACACUCGGCCUCAGACUGUACAUACUAGAGACUACCCUGCUGGAGAGACCCAAAUUAACUCUGUAAAUAGUAAAAUAGCUGGCCUGAUACUGGAGAAUCAAUUUGGAGAUGAAGGCGAUGAGUUUGAUUGAUGAAGGUGUGAAGCUAUUCUUGUAUUCUACUGGAGGGUUCCUUGAAAGUGUCAAAAAUGUGGAAGAAUAUGUAGAGGAGAGUGAAGAAUAGGGACUUUGACUGAUUUGAAGUGUGGAUACAAUGUGUUGGUUUUCAUCCUACGUGACUUAUGUAAAAAUAAAAACAGGGAUUAUUAAAUCCAAUAAGUAGUUGUAAUCUGUAAAUAAUAGUCAUUGUUACAACAUUUUAAUGCUAUCCUCUUUGAGUUUUUAAUAUUAACUAGACUUUCAUCCA